AUGCUCGACGAGCUGCCAUUGGUGAUGGGCCGCGAUGAGUCGGCCGAUUUGCAGAUCGAUUCCGGACGAGUGUCACGGCAACAUGCCGCGAUCUCGCGCGAUGGCGACGCCUAUUUCAUUCGCGAUCUCGGCAGCACCAAUGGAACCUUUCUCAAUGGUGCCCGUAUCGACGAAUCCGAGCUGUCCAGUGGCGAUAUGCUGGUCAUUGCCGACGUGGAGUUCACGUUCUGCAUUCCCGGCGACGAUCUCUAUCGAGCCACCGCAACGCAAGUGCUCGACGACAACCAAUGCGCUGCCCCCACGGUGGCCGAGCCGUGGGAGGUCGUUCGGCAAAUCCGCUGCCUGCACGAAAUGCUGGCCGGCCGCGCCAUCGCUUCGCACUAUCGGGCGAUCGUCGACCUGGCAACGCACGAGACCAUCGCUCACGAAGCCCGCGACUGCGAGCCCGAAACGCCGCAAGUCGAGUUGGGCCUCAUCCGAGGGCUCGAAGGUCCGCUCACCGAUCGGCUGCACGCCAUGCAUCGCCGUCUGGCUUGCGAGAAUGCAAAGUCCCUGCCGCCGAACACAGCAUUAUUCGUCGAAAUCCAGGCCUGCGAACUCGGUGGCGAACGCCUGGCAGAAUCGCUCGGCGCACUGCGUGCCACGUUAGGCCAAGAUCGACCGUUGGUAGCCGUGGUGCCCGAGGGAGCCACGCACAGUGGCGAGUAUCUCGGUGAGUUGCAGAGCCGCCUCUCUGGCUUCGGCAUCGAGAUCGCCUGUCGCACCAACGGCACCGAUCUGGAGCGGCUCGUCGAUAGUUGUCAUACACCUCCCAAGUAUGUGAUCGUCGAUGCCACGCUGUUGAUUUCGCCGCGGCCCAACCCAAAAAGACAACGACUGCUUGAACACUUCAUGAAGACGGCCAGCGAGCGCGGGAUUCCCGUGAUCGCCGAAGGGCUGUCUCGCGAAGGUGACGCCCGCCAUUGCCACGAGCUGGGCUGCAGUUUCGGCCAAGGGCCUCUCUACGAUCGGCAAUCUUCCAGCAAAUCAGAAAACAUCGGUGGCUACCUGCUCGUCGACCGUCUCGGCGCGGGCGGAUAUGGCGAAGUAUGGAAAGUCGAAGCUCCCGGCGGGUUGGCCAAGGCCAUGAAGCUGGUCUACGGCCGCUUCGACGAAUCGCGGGCCACGCGUGAACUCAAGGCCUUGCACCUCAUUAAAGAGGUCCGCCACCCGUUCCUCUGCAACAUCGAGCGAUUCGAAGUCAUCGAUGGUCAGCUCAUUAUGGUCACCGAGCUGGCCGACAUGAGCCUUAAAGAUCGCUACGAAGAGUGCCGCGAGCAGAACCUGCCCGGCAUUCCGCGUGACGAACUGCUCGAUUACAUGCGCGACGCGGCCGAUGCCCUCGACUAUAUGGGCCAACGCCACGCCUUACAGCAUCUCGAUGUAAAACCAGAAAACCUGCUGUUGCUUAGCAGUCACGUCAAAGUGGCCGACUUCGGCUUGGUCAAAGGUCUGCAAACCGGUGCCACCAUGUCGCUGGUCAGCGGGCUGACUCCCAUCUACGCCGCUCCGGAGGUGUUCGACGACCAACCGACCACCAACAGCGAUCAAUACAGCCUGGCGAUUGUCUAUCAAGAAAUGCUCACCGGCGUGCUCCCGUUCCCCGGGAGAACGCCCGCCCAACUCGCCGCACAACAUAUCUCCGGUCGUCCGCGCUUAGAAAAACUUCCCAGCUCCGACCGAGAGAUUAUCGCCCGAGCGCUAUCGAAAGACUCCGACUCGCGAUUCCCGAGCUGUUCCGACUUGGUGCAAGCCCUUCGCGAUGCCGGCAAAGUUGCAACGCGGGCCGAAAGUAAAGUCAGCCAAUCGCCGGGCAGUUCCGAUGCAGACACCAAGUCGCUCGAUUGCACCGAUACCAACCUUCUUGAGAAGCCAAACAAGCAGCCAGCCCAACCUUCCGCCGGCGGGCUCAAGACUGAAGAACUGGACGAUGAACAACGCGAAGCCGUCAAACACUCCACGGCUCAUUCACGUUUGCGACUCAGACGCUCUUCGGCCGAAGCCAAGUGCGACGACCUGGGGGCCAUGGAUGUUUCCGGACUCCAGGCAACCCUGCAGCCCACGCUCAUUCUGGGUGUCGGCGGAGUUGCCGGCCGCAUCUUGGGGCAACUGCACUCGGGGCUAACGAACCAAUUCGGCGAUCUGACCAACGUGCCCGCCAUCCAAAUGUUGUUGGUCGAUACCGAUGCGAAGUCCCACGAUCAACCCGGCCACGAUUCACGAUCGCCUAGUGUUCCCUACGAAUCGCUCUGCGCGGCACCGCUGCGUAAGACACAGGAUUAUCGCGAGAACUCGCGAGACAUUCUUCGCUGGAUGAGUCGGCGGUGGUUGUACAACAUUCCGCGAUCGUUGGAGACCGAAGGCAUUCGGCCGCUGGGCCGGCUGGCUCUGGCCGACCAUGCCCCACGAAUCGCACAGCAAAUCCAAGCCGCCAUCGAAACCUGCACCAGCGAUCAGGCUCUUCAAGAAUCGCUCGCAGCCACAGGCCUAAAACAAAGCGACACCAGUCUGCGGGUGAUUGUUGUCGCUUCGAUCUCCGGUGGCUCCGGCUCGGGCAUGGUCAUCGAUUUGGGCUACAUGACCCGUCAGAUACUCAAGCAAUUGGGCCGACAGAACGAUUCGAUUUGCGCGUUCCUCACGCACUCCACCAGCUCGAAACCCAGUCAGAGGGAUCUCGCCACGGCGAACGCAUUUGCCUGCUUGAACGAACUCUAUCAAUUCAAUAUGACCGGCGGGGGCUUCCCCGGCGACGGUGCCUGUGGGCUCGAAGCGGUCGACAGCCGCGUGCAAACGUUCGACGACACCUACUUCAUUCAUCUCGGCGACGAACUGCCUGAAGAUGAUCUAAAUGCCGGUGCCAAGAAGCUGGCCAACUACCUGCACUUCGAAGUGGCCAGUGUCUGGGGCCCGCUGUUGCAGAAGUGCCGCCGCGAAGAUCGCACGGCCGACGCCGUCUUCGGAGAACCGGUCGUUCGUUCCUUCGACCUGGCCCACAUCGGUUGCGAUCUGCAGCACACCGCUCAACGCGAAGUGCAGACCCUCUGCGAACAAGUUGUCCGUCGCUGGUGCGGGCUGCCAACCGAAUCGAACGAGCACGCAAAUAAUGAUGCUGAGAAAAAGGCCGACAACGAAGCCAUAAAGAACGCGACCCGCAAUGCCGAACAAGCCAAACAGCUUGGUCUGAGCAGCGAUGCGUUCGUCGAGGCGAUGCUAAGCCACGCCCGCAGUUCACUCGAAGUGACCGAGGACACCGGCUUUGAAACGGUUAUCGAAAAGCUUUUGGCAGCCCAGGCCGGUGGAAAGCAGACCGGGCUCGCACAACUCGAGCCAUCGCAAAUCUAUCGUGCCCUCGACGAGAUCAUAUCGAGCGAGCCCGGCGAAAAGCAACAAGCCCGGGGAAUGGUCCGCCGGCGACUCCAACAGUCGUCCCAACAACUCGCCCGCCGAAUUGACGCCGAGGUGCGUGAAUACGUCACGGGGUUGGCCAAUUCACCGCAGGGACGUUUCCAGGCAGCCAUGGAAGCAGUUGGCUGGUUCCGCUCGCGCCUGAGAGCCAUCGCCACCGACACCCAAGCCCAGCAAGACGAACUGGCCGGUGAGUUAAACGAGAUGGCCACGACGAUCAGUGACCCUAAAGCCGCCGGCAAACGCUCGUGGUGGGGCUCCAAGUCGCGAGGAGGCAGUGCCACCGAGCAGCUACGUCGCGAGUUCAUAAACCAACGCGUACGCUACGCCGCUUUGGAAGAGACCACCGCCUUAGCCGAACGCUUGAGCCAACAGCUUGGCUCGCUCAACGACCAAUUGUUGCACGCACAACAGAGCCUCAAACCAUUGCUGCGACUCUUCGUCAGCGAAGACUAUCAACCGCCAACCAUCGUCGAUGAAUUCGAAGACGAAGAAGAACCCGACACCGGGUUUGCCACCAUGGUGGGUGCUGUGUUCCGCAGUUCGAUCUCGAAUCUCAUCACGCAGCUCGACGAGAAAUUCGACGCCGAGGUGCUCGAUGCCGAAGGCGGAUUGCUGGAAGUCUGUCAGCGUGAGGGGCAAGUCGCUCAGCUCAUCGCCGCCCGCCUCGAAACGGCUGCCCAAGUGCUCGUGCAGAAAGCCGCCCGCGAGAUCGACGUGACGCAACUGUUCCUCGAUAGUUGCGGCUCAGAAGAGAAGGCACUCGAAGAAAUCAAAGACUGCGUGCAGCUUGCCAAGAGCACCAGCAUCAAAUGCGGCGGCACACGUCGGAUGAUCGCCGCCAUUCCCUCGUCAGCCGGUUCCGAGAAACUCAGCACGCUGAUCACCGGCAGCAUCGAACCUUCACCCACGGUGAUCGAAGCUACCGAGCACGACAUCGUCAUCGGCUGCGAACAGGCCUCACUCCCCCUGGUCGCCGUCGCCGCCCGACUGGUCGAAGACCGCCCCGACCUCAUCGCGUUGGCCCAACGCAUCCACACUCGCAUCGACGUCCAAUGGGGCAGCAUCAUCGAAGCCGACGAACUGGCCGCGGUGUCGUAA